UCUAAAAAAACCAGAUUAGAAACGUGCCUUGACUUAGAAUUUUUUUUUUUUGAAAAAAUCAUUAAAAUUUUUCAAAUUACAACCACUUUAUUUGCAUUGUGUCAAUUCAAUUGAAACAGUUACAGGAAUAUUCUGAAAUUCAAUAAUAAUGAAAUCAUAAAAGGUUUUUGUUUCACAAUAUGGCGAACUACGACAAAGGACGCAGGAAGUGGGGAGAUAUUUCACAAGAGAGUGAAAAUUAUAAAUACGACGAUAGAUUAUCGGGGGGAAUGAGAGGAGGCGGUGGAAAUCGUGCACCACCUCAGGCACUUUAUCGUCCUGGGAGUGGACCAUUGCGAAAAUCGGGACGAGGCGAUGAAUUUGAGAAUGAUAAUAAUUUUCAUCAUCACGAUAGAAUAAAACCAUCACCACCACCACAGCAACAACAGCAACAACAACAGCCACCACCUGCAUCAAUUGCCUAUCGUUUGAGAAAUUGUCAAUUUCCAAAUUCGUCGAGUGGUCAGGAGAAAAUAUUACCAUCGUCUUGUGAUAUUGAUGAUGUUUCGUCGAAAUUUAAUGAUUUACAUGUCAACUAUAAAAAUAGUAGUAAUCAUCAUCAUAAUCAAGGAUCGUCGAAAUUAAAUCAUCAUCAACAUCAUAUUAUGUCAAUUGAUCCAAGGAAAAAGAAUAAAAAACCCGAGCAACAAUUGUAUGUACCAAAAAAAGUGAAGGAGGCUCUCGCUGAACGUGACGUAAUUAACAGAUCGCCGGUUCAUCAUAAUUGGGACAAGGAUCGUGAACGCGAAGAUCAUAGGGAUUGGGACAUUCGAUCAAAUCGCAGUCAACACAGUGACAAUUAUCGUAAUAGACAAAUUGGUAUGAAUCAAACUGACAGUAUUCGCAGAAAUGACGAUCACAGUAAAAGAUAUUCGGGCAAUCGUCGCAAUCGAAAUCCAGGUGAGAAUGAAGAUCGUUGGCGAUCGGAUUCGCCAUCCGGCAAGAAUUACGGUAAUCGUCGUGAUAAUUCACGUGAAGUUCGACAGGGUUCGGAACCAUUGUACAUACCAUCGAAUAAUAAAUACGAUUCAAAUCGAAUUCGCGACACGAGGAGCGUCGAGCCUGGUUAUCCUGACAAAUUUCAGGGCAAACCACCGUCGGGUCGACAUGGAAUGAAGGAAUUUACAAUUCCAAAGAACACAAAAUUAGAAUCACUACCACCGCGUUUUAGAAAGAAAUAUCUCGCUGAAAAUGGCGUUUUACCGCCGUCGUCAAAUAAUAUUGGCAUCACAUCCGAAGAGGCUUGGGACGGAAGCACUGUCACAUUUCAGGGAUCGUCGCGUUAUCCGCCGGCCAUUCAGCAUUCUCACACAAUGCAAAAUUUACCACCGUCUGGACCACUACCACCUCAGGCAAAUUGGUCAAAUACGGUACCUGUUCGCAGUCGAGGACGAGGAAGACACAGAAAUGACGAGUUAGAAAAUUUAGCGUCUUUCCGACCUGUUACACCGGAUCAGUAUUCUGCGCAAAGUUCACGAUCGCAUACGCCAAGUCAGGAUUACGGGAAUCGAUAUUACGAUCGGCGGGGAAGUAACAGUACAAUGUACACAAGUAUCGAGAGUUUAAAUCGAAUGGAUAGCAUGUUAAUGCCACCGCCACGCGCACCAUCGCCGGCAACUUCUAUUCCCUAUAGAAACACGUGUCCAUCACCUGACAAUCAGUGGUCUUAUAAAAAUCAAAGAGCGAAUACGCAAGAAAAGCCGAAACCACAACCGAUCUCGAAUGUUACUUCGCCGAAAAGUGAAACUUUCGAUUCAUUGCCCGAAAAAAUUGAUACUUUGGAUUGGGGCGAGGAGGUGGAAUUGAAUGAGCGACUGGAGGCGGAACAAUUGAGUCGUAGCUCAUCCGUAUUGAGUUUACGGGGCAAUUCAAAUGCAAGUCAAUCAACGUCGGGUGGAAGUAAAAAGAGAAAAAAGAACCGAAGAGGUGGUCGCGAUAGGAGUGGAACAAGGGACAGAUUUCAAGAGACAAGUCGCGAACGUCAAAAUAAUCAGCAAAAUAGAGAAAAUGAUAAUUACAAUAAUAAUCAGAAUAAUAGUCGGCGAUUUGAUAAUCGUAGACGUAGUGCGAUUCAACGUAGCCGAGAAUCGAGCAAGGAGAGAAGUCGAGGAAGAAAUCAUGACGAUUUUUACAGAAAUAGAAUAUCAGAUCAGCCGUCGGACGAAAAUUGGCGAACGGGAAGACGAGUUUCAAUUUGCGAUUCAGAGGACGGUCGACGAACGCCUUGUUCAUCGUCACAUUCAACUGUCGCCAAUUCAUCGUCCCAUCAAUCACCAUCAAGUUUUAAUAAUUCUCAACCUGGCGUUCUUGUUUUACCCGAUACAAAUACUUUUCAACCGAGUACAACACCGCCCCGAUUACAGUCACAGCAACAACGCACUCUCUUCGAUCCAAACAAUCCCAAUAAACCAAUUAUCGUCACUUCCACCGGUGGUAGAACGGCUCCCAAAUUCAGGGAAAUGGAGGGAAUUGCUCAAGCUGAAGUUCCUGUUUUUCAAUCUCUUCCUGGAAUGUUUGCGAGUCACUCAAAUUUUCAAGGAGCACAAGGAGAAGGUGGCGCGCCCGCUCCUUAUUUCAAUGAACAACUCGGUAAUUCACGACCGUCUUGGUAUGAUCCCUAUUCUGAAAGUUUCCGUUCAGCGAAACAUCAUUUUCUUCUAUUGGACAUUGAACGAGCCGAUUUGGAAUUACAGUGGAUUAUAAGUUCAGGUGGUUUACAAACUCAUUGGGAGCGUGUCUCGUACAUUAGACAUUUCCUACAACAAAGUCUACAAAAUCUAUUGGAAACUGAUAUUAAAUUUUGUCAAAAGGAAAAUGUUGAACAACAUUUUUGGAAAAUACUCUUUUACAAUAUGAUUGAAAUUUUGAGGAAAAAUAUGCCGAAGGAAAAUGCUGAGGGACGCGAGAGAUGUAAACAAAUAAUGCUCAAUAUUAUCGACGAGGGCACUGUUUAUUUGGAGAAUUUAUUGGCAGUGCUGGAGAGGGUUUAUAAUUUUAAAAUCGAUCCCUAUCUCACAUCGUCAAUGUCGCCAAAGGGUUUGGGAAUUAUUGGACUUGUUUUAAUUAGCGCUCAAAAGAUAUUCUUGUUUCUUGGCGAUUUGGCGCGUUACAAGGAGCAAACCAAUGAAACGACUAAUUAUGGAAAAUCGAGACAUUGGUACCUGAAAGCUCAACAAAUAAAUCCGAAAAAUGGAAGGCCUUACAAUCAACUUGCCUUAUUGGCGCAUUACGCUAGAAGAAAAUUGGACGCUGUUUAUUAUUAUAUGCGAUCGUUAAUGGCGUCAAAUCCAUUUCAAUCGGCCCGUGAGAGUCUUAUUGCUUUAUUCGAUGAAAAUAGAAAAAAAUACGAAUCGACGGAAAGAAAGAGAAAAGAGGAACGUGAAUGGAAGGAGAGAGCGCGAAUGAAAGAAAAGGAGGGUUCAAAUAAUAUUGGCGGAAGUUUGCGUCGCGAAACAUGGAUUCAUCCCGGAGGUAAACGAAUGAGACGAACAACUUCUGCGUCAACGGCCAAUGAAACAAUUAUCCCGGAUAGCGAUUCGGAGGAUUUGGCCCAAUUGACAAGUGUGGAGGUGAACAAACGAUUCAUUACCUCGUAUUUGCACGUUCACGGAAAGUUGAUAACAAAAAUCGGAAUGGAGACCUUCCAAGAAGCUGGAAUUCAAAUGCUGAGGGAAUUCAGAGCACUGCUGCAGCAUUCGCCCCUUCCACUUCCGGGAACUCGACUUCUUCAACUACUGGCACUAAAUAUGUUCGCGAUUGAAACAACUCAGCUCAAGGAUUCGCAAAUGGAGCAGGGCUACAGAUCGGAGGUUCAAGAGAGGGCACUGGUUGUAUCACUGCAAAUGUUUAGUCUCAUUUUGGAACGUGGUGUGUCAUUGCUCAAAUCACAACUUGAGGGAGAUGAACUGCCGAAACUUGUCGUGGGAGAGGAUCUACAGGUCUUGCUACCGGCUAUAAAGAUUUGGUGUGACUGGAUGCUGUGCCACAGUACUGUCUGGAACCCCCCGCCAUCUUGUACAGACUACAGAGUUGGACCUCCUGGAGAUGCUUGGAGCAGAUUGGCGACGUUGGUGAAUUUUUUGGAGAAGUUAACGUAUCCUAAGGACCUUUUAAUUUCGACUAAGGACGCUCAGGGCCGAGAGGAAGAUCUAGAACUAGUAAAACUUCCGGAGGACACAACACUAGCUGGUUUCACGCCUUUAAUGUCUAAUCCACAGGACGCGUUCUUCACACAAAAAACGGAAGAUAUGGAAGUGGUUCAGGUUUGUUUGAGGAUAAGCAAGAUUCUCUUCUUCGGUCAAGUAUUUCUCUGCGGCCUUGAGACGCCGGUACUAAAGUUACAGAAAAGCGAAACGGGUAUCAGCGAAUACGUUUCAGUAGUCGAAGCAUCCAGUGCAAGUUCUCCAAGUUCUCCACCGGUACAGAGUGACUCGGAAUUAUUGGUGGAAAGCUACAGUGAAGAUGAUGAAGAUUCGCCAGCGACCUUGAGAAGAUUGUCUUCGUCCGGAGAGAUUCCGAGCGACACACUGACUUCACAGACUCCAGUAAGUGAGAUUAGAUCGUUGAUCGAGAGAAAGGAAGAACUUGAGAGGCGUCAGAAGAAACAAGAUCAUCAUCGACAGCGAGUUCAAGCGAUCUUGAGUAAAUCUUCAGUAUCUGUGGAGAUUGAAGUGAGACCGAGACAACUUGUUCCAGACACGAAUUGCUUCAUCGAUUAUUUGCCUCAGCUGCAGAGCAUCGCCAAGGCCGUUUCCGGUGCUCAACCGAUUUACACAUUGAUGGUUCCACUCGUCGUGUUGAAUGAAUUGGAAGGUCUGACGAGAGGAGCAGGAACAAGGGACUCGCAGCCAUCGUCACGAGCGGCAUUAAAUCCAGAGCACGUGGCGAGAGUUGCUGAAAAUGCAAAAGCUGCACUCGCAUUUGCCAGGAGUCGAAAUCCGGCGAUUCGAUGUUUAACGACGCGAGGAACAGUUUUGUCAUCGAGCACUUUCACUGUCGAGGAGGACGUUACUCAGGAUGGUUUAACUAGAAAUGAUGAUCGAAUUCUGGCAACGUGUCUGAGUCUCUGUAGAACGAAUUCUAAGGAUCAAAUUCCCUCGGUAGAAGGCCAACCAAGAAGACUAAGAAGGGACGUUGUUCUUUUAACCGAAGACAGAAAUUUAAGGGUGAAAGCAUUAGCGAGAGACGUGCCAGUAAGAGAAAUACCCGAUUUCGUCCAAUGGGCCGGUUUGGGUUGAAUUCCAUUUUUCUUCAAACAAACAAACAAACAAACAAAAAAAAAACAAAAACCAUGUUUAAAUAUCAUCAUAUUUAAUUUUUAUUCCUCUCCCCUCCCCUCACUAUUUUUUCUCCCUCCCUAAAAUCACAUUUUUUCCCCUUUUAUUUUUAAUCCCCCCCCCCCCUAAAAAAACCGAAUGAACGGAUUUUUUCCAUCCUUUCCAAAGCGAAAAAAUUGUACUUUUUCCCUUCGAUAAUGAUAAUUAUAUGAUGAUGAUGAUAAUGAUUAUAUAAUGAUAGUAGGAAAUUUUGUUAUAUUGAAAGCUAAAAAAAAAAUGUCGAAAAGCGAAUCGAUUCGCUUUAAAUACUAAAUAUAAUUAUUAAUAAUGUGUCACACACUAUAUUUAUAAUGUCUGACUGAUAGUACGUGUUCCAAAUGAUUCAAGAAAAAAAAAUGUGAAGGAAUUUUUGCGAAGGUAGCGAAAAAAAUUUUUUAGAUCGAAAUGUAAAAAAAUCUAGAA